GGCGGCCGGGUACAGGGAGGCGGCGCGGCGGGGCCGUCGGGCGGGCGAGCGGACACCCGCCUUUGCCUGGCUGCUCUCCCGGUUGUGCGGCGAAGCUCUCGGAAGAACUCGUCGGCAAACGGCUCCGGCGAGCCUGGCAGAGCGGCGGGAGGGGCGACAUGGACGUGGCCAUCCGCGAGCGGCUCCUGGCCGCGCGGAGCCGCCGAGAUGUUCAAGCUUUGAAGGAUGCUUAUGAGUUGAUCAAAUCAGCCUGUCAAGGAGGAUCUGCACUUGACUCAUCAGAUAACUUCAGCACAGACUUAUAUGUUCUGUGUGCUGAACAGGCAUUUCAGCUGGGAUAUCUGCAAAUUAGCAGUGACUGUCUACAGAUGUAUUUUAAAGGAAGAUUUCCUGUAAACCAGUUUACUGGUAGAGCAUAUUUGUGCCAAGGACAGUUGCACGCUCCACUCUCUACAGAUAAUUUGGAAGCAUUUGAAAAGUUUGUGCUGUUUUUUAUGAAAGCAAUAGAUUUUGCAACACGUGAUCGAAGAUACUAUUUUUUGAUAUAUAAUGCCUCAGUUCUUUAUUGGCAAUUUGUGAGACCAUAUCUUAAGCCUGGAUUCCGCUGUUACCUUGUUCCCAGCCUGUCUCAGAUUGUUAAAGCAUUAAACCAAAUUGAAGAGCCAGACGGUGAAUGGAGAGCAGAACUCAUGAUAAAUUUACUUGAGUGCCUCCUCGAUGCUUCAAAACUGAAAGAAGCAAAAGAGUUUUCAUCUACUGCAGCAGUCUUUAUUAAGGAAAAUGUUCCAGAUAAAUACUCUCAAAUAUUUUCUUUAAUGGUAUACCACAAACUAGUGGAUAUUUCCCAGAUAGAGAAGGAAAUACAAAAUUCCAUCCAUUUGUCAGUGAUUUAUAAAAUGCAAAUGAUAAAAUCGCAGUGGGACACAAAUGAAUUUCCAAGUGAUGCCACCACAACUCUGUAUUCUCUGUAUGAACUUCUGAAGCAGUAUGAUGUACCUCCAGCAUCUGUUGCCAGUAUGAAAAUUCCUUUGAUCCUGGAAUUGGCUCGUUUUUCUGUGAAAGUAAACUGCAUUAAACUUACGCAUGAUUGUAUACUUGAUUUGAAGAAAGCUGGCAUUACUGAACAAGGGAAACUUAUUGAAGUAGAAUGCCUGGAAUGUGAAUAUGAAAUUCAAAAAUUUGGCCCUAAAAUUGUGACUUAUACCAAAGGAGUUGUUGAGGCUCAGCUGAAAUUGAUAAAAAAUCUUGAGCUAACCUUGCAACAUGCAGUUCAGUUGGGAGAUCCUGAUGUGAUUCAGGUUGUUUGCACAACCCAAUGGAAUCUGUGCUUACCACUACUCCAACAAAAUUUGCAUCAACAUGUGCGAAAACCACUGAUAGCAGUUGCUGAUGUCCUUGAAGAGAUUGACAGCAUGUUGAUUUUGUUACGUUGCCAAGUUCACAUGGAAAUUGCUCGUAUUGAAGAAGAUGAGGAUAGAAUUGAGGUUGCUGUGCAACAUUUACAGAAAGCUAUACAUCUAGAUAACAGUGGGCAGUAUCAAGAACAUCUAAGAUUGAAUUUUAACCGUCUUUCUUUGUACGCUAUGCUGUAUAAGUCUCCUGAGCGUCUAGAGGAUCAGGCACUAAUGAUGAUUGAACAGGCUAAAAGGGGAAAGCAAAAGAAUAAUGUGAGGAAAAAGAGGUCCCUUCUGGUAAAUGCUGGUCUUGCACUAGCUCCUGAUUCAUUUCAGGUGGUUCUUGAUAGUGAAAAUGAAGCUAAAGUUUCCUCAGGUAAAAGUCAGAGUCAAGUAAGUUACCUCUGUGCGAAAGCACAACAUCAUGUUAAAAGUGUGGACAAAGUUGAUGGGCAUUUGAAACAGCUAAAAAAGGAAAAUGACAAAGAGAGAAUUAGACUUUGGGCAAAUUUGGCAAAAGUUGCACGUACACAGGCAGUGUGGGAUGUCUGCCGUACAGCAUGCAGAUUUUGUCUCCUGUAUGAUGACACUUUGUUUAGGAGAGCAACAAAACCUAAAAAAACACAGAAGAAGAAAGCUAGUAUAACUAUGAUGGAUGAUGAUCAAGGUGAUGGCUUACCAGGAGAAUUAUUACUACCUGCUAAAUCCUUCUCUUUUGAAAGAGAUUUACUCAGAAUAUUAGCAGAAGUAAGAUUUAUUAAUGCAGAGGCAACGAUUCAUUUAUUAAGAUUGCAGGGAAUUGAGCUGAACGACCACACUGUACCUACAGAAGAUAAAAGCCAACAUCCUUCAGGAUAUGUUUUAGAUUUUCCUGAAAGUGAUCUAGAAUGGAAAGCAUACAGUUCAUGGAUAGACUACUUAUCUCAGUAUGCUAUGGAAAAUUUCCUGCGUGCAGCUGAAAUAGGAGAAGAACUGAAUGAAGCCUGGAUUGUGCAUAAUGCUGUGGUGUAUAUCUUAAACUACAAUAGGCAUCUUAUCACAUCAGGAAGACAGAGGGAAAUUAUUGAGUAUCUGCAGACUCUUCUUGGAGCAGUCAAGACUGUUGGGCACACUGGAAGUACUGUCACUUUGUUGAUGUUAUGUAAUGCUGUAGCUCGGGGCUUAAUUCUCUGUUGGAUUCCAAAGCCAAAACUUACUGAGGAGAAAAAGUUAUGUGCAUCACCAGACAAAAGUAGAAAGGCUGCAGCAAAGGGACAUGAGAAAGCAAAUGCUAUCCCUUCUUUGUCAGUAGAUCCCAGUGGACUUCCUGAUAUCAAAGCAGCCCUAGAGAUUUGUGAAUUUGCUCUAAAUGUGACAACUGGAACCAUACCUAAUGAAACAGUACCUGUUGCUGUAAAACAACAGAUCAUUGCUACAUGGGUGAAAGUAAAACAGUUAAAUCAGCAACAGAUAGGACAUAAACUUUGGACUGAGGAGGAGAGUAGUGAUGAAGCACAAAAUCCUAUUGCAAGAAUUCUUGUUGGUCUAGAAAUGUAUUCAUGUACUGGCUUGGGUCUCAUGGAUUUCACGGUUCCUGCUUUAUCUCAGUUAGUGAAAUUGGCAUUAGAAUGCAGCUGGUCAGAUUCACUAGUAGAAUUGCAGACACUGACACGACUUACAUAUUUUGCAUAUAUGUUACAUGACUACGAAAUAGUGAUGACUUGUUCCCAAAGGAUAUUGCAGAGUGUAAUUCGUUUCUUAAAAAGCCCAGGACCUGAUAACACAGUGAGACAAGAAAUGUUGAGUACUGCUGCCUGUAUCCAAGGAAAGAGUAUAAUGGAAAAUUUGGCUGGACAAAAACAUUUGCGUGUAGCAGCAUCAAAAGCCUUUGCUCAGAGUGCCAGAUAUGCAGGUGAAGCUGGAAAUUAUUCCCUUGUAAUGUUUGCAGCGAGACACUUUUGGAAUGCAUGUUUACCUUUGCUAGGUUUUCCACAUGACAGAGAGCAGUUUAAAGAACCUACUGAAAUAAUUCUUAAGAAUAUAAUAAAAGCAGAAUCUAAAAAUAAACAGGAGAAAAACGAUACAUUGCCUUUGCAUCAGUGGCUCACAAAGGAUUUUCAAAGUAGUGGAUUAUCAGAUGGAUGCUUUCUGCCAGGUGCUGAUGAAGAUCUGACAUUAAGGACCUCUUUAUAUGGGUUAUUAUUCCACAUAUAUGCUGAUAAAGCUGAUUGGGAAACAGCAUUAAAAGUCCUGAAUGAAGCUAUUCAGGCUUUGCCUCAGACAAGACACAGGCUUCUGAUUUUUAAACAUUUGGCUACAGUAAAGGCAAGAUUGGGAUGUAAUUUUAUGAUGGAAAUUCAGAAAUUUGCAGGUGAAAGUGAAGAUUAUGUGUCCCAUAUUUGGCGUCAUAUGGUAACAGUUUCCAGAAGCAUUGUUGAACAGUUAAACUGUUUUAAAAAUGCAAUCAAUGCUUUGCAGAAACAAGAAAAUGAAUGGCAGAAAGUUGAUUACCUGAUGGAAUUUGCUGAAUGGUUAUACUGUAACCAGUUUCCCCUUAAUGAUGUUAUUAAACCUCUGGACUGGGCAGUAGGUCUUUUGCUACAUAUGAAAUUUUCUAUGCAAUCUUCUCAAGAAGAAGAAAAAAAAUCUAUUAAAAAAUUAUUGCCUAUGGAAAAUCUGAAGAUAGAUGUUGGAAGAAAUGAUGUCAUGCCCCAAAUCAAUUUGGAAGAUUUGAGUAACAUUAAACAAUUGGAAGCUUUGUUUAGAGCGCAGACUUUAAUGGCUGUAGUUUCUGGUCAUAGUUCUCCUUUUCAUCAGCAACACUGUUUGAUAGCAUAUGCAUGUGUUAUCCGUAUCUGGCAGUUAAAGAAUCUCACUAGCAUCAGAAUACACACUGAAGACAUUGCUGACAGUUCUGAGGGAGGGUACUUAGAGAUAGACUGUCACUUAGAUGGAUUCAAAGUGGCUGUGAUUCGACUGAAUGGAAUUGUAUCAUUGUCAGCAUCAGGACUUAUUAUAGGAGCAUUAUCAAAGUCUUCACAAUUUACAGCUCCUCAGGAUGCACAGUCAACGAUUGCUCCUAAGAAAGGGAAGGACAAAAAGGAAGAGAAACAAAACCCCCAGUCUAGAGGUCAAAAAAAAGACAAAACUUCAAAAGACACUAAACAAGUUGAAGAAUCUUUUAUGAAAGAGCAGCCUAAAAGGAAGGAGUCAGUUGAUACCUUACCAAUAAACGUGGAAGAAUGGGCUCAUUAUGACUGUCCGAAUGAAAUUAGAAAUACUUUUAAACAGAAAACAAAUAGUUAUGGUAUUAACUGGAAUAAUUUCACAAAACCUACAUGCACUUUGCAUUUUAUGGACAUUUUAGCUCAAGAACUACAGAAAAUAUUUUGCCCCCACUUGAUUCUUCCCAUCUUUCAGCUAGCUGAAGUUAUUGCUAAUGAAGUUGUGGAAUGUAGAAGUCUGUCUGAUCUCUAUCACCUUCGAAUUGCCCUGAUAUGUUCAGACCUAAAACUUACUCAGGCGUCUUCAUAUCAUGAGAAAGCUGCUGGAGAAGCAUACAUCAGUGAAUUAGAACAAGUAAUGUGUAGGCAAGAGAUUGCACUGAAAAAGGAAAAAAAAGUACAUGCUGAAACAGAAGAAAGAAAAACAUUCUUGGAGAGUGCUCAGCUGAAUGGUAGUAAGGAUGAAAAUAUCCUCACUUCAGGGAAAAAGAUUUUUGAGUUAAAUGCAAUAACAGGCAAAGGACUGAGUGCACUUUCUUUCCCCUACUUAUGGAUAGAAAAAGCUGAAGUACUCAUUAAGCUAGGUUUGUAUCAGCCAGCAAGACUACUGCUUUCAGAGGCCCAUGCUGCAACUCAGGAAUUGAGGACUCCAUAUGAUGUGUCAAGGUGCUUGUAUUUAUUAGCUGUUUUGGCUAACCUGGAAAAAAAACACGGACAAGCUAAAGCACUUCUUGAGAAAGCGCAGCUUCUAGGAGGAAAUGAACAGUUUUGGUACAACAGUACUGUUAGUCUAAUAGAGGCAAUUCUAGAGGAAGAGGGGGAAGAAAAACAGAGCUUGGCUUGUAAGAUACUGGAACACACUGUGUAUGUACUUAGAUCUACCUUACUGAAGAGACCUAACAGAGAAUCUGAGUUGGGUUGUAUAAUUGCAUCCCUUGAAGCCAGGAAAACACUUAUUGAGAUACAUUUUGCUCAAAAUUUUAUGACUAUUAAUACUGAGUCUUGUCAGUUGCCACAUAUGCUACAGGGAUCUUACAAUAAAUUAAUUCAGAUUGAGGAAGACUUCUUUAAUUAUGGGCAUAAAAACUGCAGUGCUGAGAUUUUGCUGGAACGUGCAAAUAUUCACAGGAUGAUUGCCAAGCAGGAAGGAAAUGAAGAAGAAAAACAUAGUCACUGUCUAGAUGCUUAUAACUUAGCUCAGAUGGCAGUAUCCAAAGCAGAAGAAGUGUUUCAUAAUGUUUGCAGCUUAAUUGCAGUUAUUGAGAAUACAAAUACUAGCAUACCAUUAAUGAGGCAACUAGCUAACAGGAAGCUAAACCUUGUGGAAAUUCUUCUGGAUAUUUUUCAAGUUGUUACUACUGAGAAAAAGCUUAAAAAAGUGGGAAAAACAUCAUUCCACAGAAUUGCAGAGUCAUUCCGUGGAGAAACUACUAAAGAUAAUGCAACAGAACAGGAUUGGAAGCAUAUGGAGUACACCAUAGGUCAUAUUACACUGGCUCAAUUAGCAAACAUACAGAAUCUCUGUAAAGGCUGCCCUGACAUCAAAUCCAAAUGCCUGUACCUCACUGGAAAAAGUCUUCAUUUACUCGCCAUUAACAUAGAUCCUGUACAUUCAGAAAUCUACUGGAAGCCAAACAUUAUGAAGGAACUUAGGUUGGCUCAGAAAUAUCUUUCUCAGUGCAGUGAAGCUUUACUACAGUGUAUGGGUAUUGCAUUCAGCUAUAAUAUUACCAAUGUACUUGGUCCUGCUAGUUUGGAAAUGGUUGAAUGCUUUGGACAAUUUGAUCCAGUUUCAACUAGCCAGUUUUUAGCCCUUCAUCAGAGCUGUUCAGCAUCUAUGAUGAUGAAACAUAUCCUUCUAACAGCUAAUUCUGACACCAGCAGCUCUCGGCUGGCAGCAUUACUGCAUCUUCAAAAUCAGUUGAAACAAAACAGAAACACAAGUGAUCUUCUGAAAAAUGUGGAACAGCAACUGACUGCUACUUCAAUGGCAUGGAGAAAUCUCUGUAUUCCUGUAGAACAUUUUAAUAUAGUGAAUGAAUUGCCAUCUAAUUUCUAUAUAAUUAUUCUCCAGCAUUCAGAAGACAGAUCAAACUUGUACAGCUCAUUGAUUGAGAAACCAAAAGUGAGUACUGCGCAGCAGAAAGGAAAAUCCACUCAGCCAAUGGUGCAAGCUAAAGUUUCUCGAUUUCCUGUGAAUCCCAAUACAUUUUGUACUUUGUUGGAAAAAGUGUAUCUUUACAAGCAACAAAAUAUGAAGAGUCACCUUAAAGAAACUGUCAUUCAAAGCCUGCAAGAGUGCAUCACUAAAACUGAUACGACUCCAACAGAGAAAAUAGACAAGAAUGGACACAGUUUGAUAACAGAUUUCUCUGAAAUAUUAGAAAUUAUGGAAGAAUAUCUGAAACCACUGCUAUCACAGUUUGAUUUUCCUAACAUUAGAGAACACAGCACAUCGGCUUCAGCAGCUGAAUCAGGAAAAAUAAAAGUGAGAGAUAAGGACACCAAACACACUAGAAUGCAGGGAACACCUAUGGAGUUAGGAUUGUGUGUGGUAUUACUAGCAGAUAAAUUAUUUAUGGAAUUGCCUUUGGAAACUCUGAGUGUCUUUCAGGAAGAAGGAAUAUGUUCUGUAUCCAGAGAUUUUUCUCUCCAGAUUCUCUACAAUCGACUACAAGUGGAUGAAUCAGAGAGUGAAGUUAAAGAUGUUCAAAGGUCUAAAGAACCAAAGCCAAAAGCCCAACAGAAAAAGAAUGUCAAAAUGGCACCAGUGCAUCGUGUUUUACCCUCUAAUUGCAUGCCUGUUGAUACUUGUAAUUUUAAAUAUAUUGUGGACCCCUAUAAUGAAGGAAGAGAGGCAGAAGCUUUAAGUCCCUCCCAAAAAAUGAAGGAAAUCUUAGAAAAGUACCAUGACCUGUUUACACUACAGUGGGAAGGAGUUAUUGGCAACGUAUAUGUUCCAAGUCAAGCUGAAUGGGAGCAGCUGCUGACAAACUGCAGUGCAUUUCUAUUCUAUGGAAUGGAGAGAUUCUUGUCUCAUAUUUUACUCAACAGACUGGUUGCUAUGAACAUCCCAAAGUGCCAUUUGAUGAUAAUUUUAGAUCUGGUACAAUCAAAGCAAAGUUAUCAAAGAAUAACCAAUUCUGAUAUCUACAAAAGUUCUUUACAUUUUGCAAUAGAGAGACCAACAGAAACAGUAAUGCUUCUUAGCCUUACUGGUGUUCGUUCUAUAAUAGCCAACCAGUGGUACACUACCCUGCAAGAGAAUGCAGAAAGGCUAGAAAUUUUGUCUGAGAAUUUGUUGCACAUUGGUAGAACAACUGGUCAGACCAUCCAUACUCUUCAAAAGAGGAAGCUUCACGGGGAAAAGGAUUCAGCUCAAAGUACCUUUUCAUUGCACCACCAUUGCUCAGCUGCCCGUUUAACAUCCCAUGCACAGCAUUUGGGAAUUUCAAGUGUUUUUGAAGUUGAAGAAGCAAAUGGUUGCGCUUGUUGUUCAGUAUAG